AUCACUGUCAGCGGCUCGGCCAUCUUUACAGAAUGACGAUGGGCAUAUUGGCUAAAAUCUGUUCGGCCAAGCUGACGGCGCUGCGCAAGCAGCACACAUUUUGAUCCGCUCUUCCGUGCGCAAGCAGCACGCAUUUUGCUCUGCUCUUCUGCGUGACCAGGCGGACGGCCUCCCCUACACAUUGACCAGAUGGCCACAUCCUGGUUUCCUAGUGUGAGCACGUUGCUGCCCAUUGCAGCGAUCAUGUUCUACCGACUGGGACGCGACAAUACGACCAUGCAGACCGUCGACCUUCUCCAGGAGUACGAUUACAUCAUUGUAGGCGCAGGCUCGGCGGGUUGUGUGCUGGCCAACCGGCUGAGCGCUGACCCACAGGCAAAGGUUCUCCUGCUGGAGGCUGGUGGAUGGGAAGGCGAGCUGGCUGACAUCCCCCUGAUCGCAGCUACGGUACAGGGAACAGCUCUGGACUGGAAUUACACCACGCGGCCACAGGAGGCCGCUUGCUUCGGCCUGCACGAAAGGCGCAGCAAGUGGCCACGGGGAAAAGUGCUAGGUGGCUCGAGUGUCCUCAACUAUAUGCUUUACGUGCGGGGAAGCCCUCGUGACUACGACCUCUGGCGCGAUCACCAUGGCUGCGAUGGGUGGGGAUGGCAAGAAGUGCGGCCAUACUUCUUGCGCUCGGAGCACAAUUUGGACCCGGACAUCGCCUCUAACGGUCACCACGGGACUGAUGGGCCCCUUCCAGUGAUGCGGGCUCCGUACCACACCCCCGUGGCUGAAGCCUUUGUGGAGGCUGGCCGGCAGAUGGGCUACCCCGCAGGUGUCGACAUCAAUGGAGACAAACUCGCAGGCUUCACGAUCCCGCAGGGUACCGUCUUUCAGGGUCGUCGUCACAGCACACGCCGUGCCUUCCUGGAUCCUAUCCUUCACCGUCAGAAUCUGCACAUCGGAGUCUACUGCCACGUCACCAAGGUUCUCGUGAAAGACGGCAUGGCCCACGGUGUCACCUUCGACCGCUUCUCGGUUGCUCAUCGGGCUCUGGCCCGACGGGAGGUGAUCCUGGCAGCCGGGGCCAUCGGCUCCCCUCAGCUGUUGCUGCUCUCAGGCAUUGGAUCAGCCGCACACCUCAACGAAAUAGGGGUGCCCUUGGUGCUGGAUCUGCCCGGCGUGGGUGCCAACCUGCAAGACCACAUUUUUCCAGGUGGCCUCAACUUCCUGCUAGAUAAGCCGGUGUCCGUGCUUCAGUCGCGCACCUUCACCGUGCGAGUGUUGAUUAACUACCUUGCUACCCGCUCUGGCCCAUUGACGCUGCUUGGUGGAGUCGAGGGCUUAGGCUUCGUGAGCACACGUUACGCCAAUAUGGAGUGGCCAGACAUUGAGAUCCACAUGGCGUCUGGCUCUCCCGUGUCGGAUGAUGGCGAUACCUUCCGCUCAGCCCACGGAUUAAGCAACGAGACGUGGGAAUCAACAUUUCUUCCCUACCUUGGCCGCGAAUCCAUGUCGCUGUACCCUGUGAUUCUGCGACCACAAUCACGUGGCCGACUGCGCCUACUCUCCCGAGACCCGUACGAAGCACCGGACAUCGACCCUCGCUAUCUGACACAUCCGCGGGACAUCAACACUAUGGUUGACGCCAUGAAGUUGUGUCUCCGGCUGGCGGGAAUGCCUGCUCUGCAGAAGCUGGGCACACGUGUGUGGGAGAAGCCGCUGCCUGGCUGCGAGCUGUACCCGUUCCUCGGCGAGGAGUACCUGGCCUGCGUGGCUCGCUCGUACACCAGCACCUUGUACCAUCCGGUCGGCACCUGCCGCAUGGGGCGCAUCAAUGACUCGCGCACUGUCGUGGACUCAGAGCUCAGGGUGAAAGGAAUAGAUCAUCUGCGCGUUGUGGAUGCUUCGAUCAUGCCCACCAUCGUGUCCGGAAAUACCAAUGCACCAGCCAUCAUGAUCGCAGAGAAGGCCUCAGACAUAAUCCAAGAGCAUUGGCAGACGAUUCAUGUCCUGAGCAAAGAAUCCGAUGCAGUAACAACGUCAACGCCCAAGCCCUGAAGCUCUGCCAAAAACCACUGAAAGACUGGACUGUGUCGCAAUGCACUAAGAACGCAGGAUCAAAAGACCUCAUUUCUUUUUCUCGCUUGAAUUGAAAGCGGUAAGCACAUGAAGCAGUAUUUUAAAAGGUGCCCCAAAUUUUUCUUGGGAACGUGUGACAGUGUUUCAAAUUGAUUGUGAUUUUACUUUAUUGUUAUCAUCAUCAUAUAUGUUCCUUAAAGGGCCCCUGGAGGUGCUUUAAAUUGAACGCAAGCAAGCUGAACAGCUAAUGACCGUAUUAUUAGCUAUCUAGCACAAACAGGACAUGCACGACACAGUAUCACUAACAUUUAUCAAUUACUAUAGUGUAUGUGUGCUAGGCUAAUAAUGAUGAUGAUGAGUGUAUAUGUAUACUGUAAUCCGACUUGACGCGGCGCAAAGUAUAAUUGAGCCCGUGGAAUACUCAAUAGCUCAAUCUAUCGAUCGAUUGAGCUGUUGAUUGACUGGUUUAUUAAACGAACCUUGCCACCAGUGACGUCGUUGUAAUAUGGCAGUCAUUGCAGUAUUUUUUAAAGUGUUGAUGCCUUCUUUGUGCAAGAAGUCCAUAA